AUGUUCAUGACAUUAGCAAAUUUAACACAGAGGCCUAUUCAGCGCAUGGUUGUAGAAAACGUGCUGAAAGCGAAAGUACCCUUGUGUGUGAUUGUAACAUCCCGUGUUUCAUGUGGCAAAUAUCACAGCCACACAAAUAACUUACCUAAUAAUAGUAGUGUUGGUAAUAAACCCAGUCGUAACUUUGACUCUAACCACCAGGCGUCGCUAAAUGAAAUAUUAAUUGAUGAAAGAAAUAUGGCUAGAAGAAUGGUUUUAGAAACAACAUCGACAGGACCAGUUGAACAGAAAUACGACUACUUGCUAGUGCUGGAUUUUGAGGCGACAUGCGAUAACAAGGAAAAGCUGAACCCACAGGAGAUCAUUGAGUUCCCAGUUCUGAAGUUCAAUGUGAGGUCACAGAAAGUUGAAGCAGUCUUUCACCAGUAUGUGUCACCCCAAUACCAUCCUCAGUUGACACCUUUUUGCACAGAGUUGACAGGCAUAGUCCAAGACAUGGUCACUGACCAGCCCACUCUACCUGAAGUGUUACGGAACUUUGACAAGUGGAUGAUCACAGAGGGUCUAAUCGGCUCUGAGACAACAAGCACUUUUGUCACCUGUGGGGACUGGGACUUGAAAACCAUGCUACCGAAACAGUGUGCACUGUUGGACAUCGCCCCCAAGCCUUACUUCCAGAGGUGGAUUAAUAUUAAAAAGUCGUAUGCUGAUGUGACGGGCACGUUUCCAAAGGGAAUGAUGGAUAUGAUGGUACACUUUGGUCUCAAGCACAAAGGCCGUCAACAUAGUGGAAUAGAUGAUUGUCGCAACAUCUCUAGCAUCGUAGCAGCCAUCCUGAACAAGGGCUAUGUCUUCCGAGAAAAUGGCAGAUUGUGA